UUACUAAUUAUCCGGACUUUAGUUACACUUUGUUAAACUGUACUUGAAUAAUUUCAUGCGCAAAAUAGUAACAAUGACUGGGGUUUUCCACGACUUCCGUUCGUUUCAGAGUUCCUGAGGUGUAUUUUGCUAUUUAUUGGCGCCAAAUGGCUACAGUAAAGUUAUUCGACAAUACGGUUGGUAGUAGAAUGUAUAAUCCGUAAUUGAUACUAAUGAAUCUCUGGAAAUUCGCUUGAACGAACGGUGAAACAAUGUAUAAAACCUCUGAAAUAUUGAGGCCAAACGGUAACCCUUAUCGUUUGCCGACACGCGAAACCAACGGCAGUGUUGAAAAACAUGUUGCUGCAGAAGAAACCUCAAAAUCUUGCUCACCAACUGAAACUUCAGAAAGGCACGAAGAAUAUGAAUACCUUGAUUUGGUGCGACGAAUUCUCCGAAGUGACACGAAAAGGGGUGAUCGCACUGGGGUUGGAACUUUGUCUAUUUUCGGACCCCAAAUGCGGUUUAGUCUUAGAGAUGGUGUUUUUCCACUCUUGACUACAAAAUGUGUCUUCUGGCGUGGCGUUGUCGAAGAACUUCUAUGGUUCAUUAGAGGAUCAACGGACGCCAGAGAUCUCUCGAGUAGAGGUGUCAAAAUUUGGGACGCCAACAGUUCUCGAUCAUUCUUAGACACCUGCGGUUUUACUAAUAGAGAAGAAGGCGAUCUUGGGCCAGUCUACGGCUUUCAGUGGAGACAUUUUGGUGCUAAAUACAAAGAUAUGCAUACAGAUUAUACAGGAAAAGGAAUUGAUCAACUGAAAGAUGUUGUGGAAAAAUUGAAACAUUCACCAGAUGACAGGCGAAUCAUAAUGUGUGCCUGGAAUCCAGUGGAUAUCCCAAUAAUGGCUUUACCACCUUGCCAUUGUCUGGUUCAGUUGUACGUGUCUAAUGGCGAAUUAUCGUGUUUAUUGUACCAGCGGAGCGGGGAUAUGGGUCUGGGUAUUCCUUUUAACAUUGCCAGUUAUUCUCUACUCACUUAUAUGUUGGCCCAUGUCACAGGAUUGAAGCCUGGUGAGUUUGUACAUACAAUUGGUGACUGCCACGUUUACCUGAAUCAUAUUAAUGCCCUAGAACGACAGAUUCAACGGACACCAAGACCGUUUCCCAAGCUGAAUAUUAUCCGAAAGGUUGAUGAUAUUGAUGCGUUCAAGGCAGAGGAUUUUGAACUAAUCGGGUACGAUCCUCACCCAAAAAUAGCCAUGGAUAUGGCUUUGUAAAAGAACUGGUAUACUAAUUUCGUUCCUAGGGUCUAAAAAGUUCGGUAAUAACCAAAUGAAUACCUAAUGGAGCUAAAAUCGUUAAUGUUAUUCAGAGGAGAAUCAGUAUUUUUCUAUACGUUCUUUCUAUUGCAUAAUGUAUCAAUGACAUAUCUUGUAUGAAAUGAUGUGUAUUGUUUAAUACAGUAAUUGGGCUGCUAGUUGAUCGUCAAUAUUUUAUUUCCGUCAUUAUUCCUUUUCAAAUUGUUCAAAAAGUAUUACCGAAGUACCCAUAGAAUCACGUGCUAUAAUAUAUUUUUUCAUGUAUACUUUAUUUCCUAAUAAAAAUUAUAUAUUUAAUAAA